AUGCAAGGACGCAUUCAGCAGGCACGUCGCGAGGCUGAGACGCUGAAAGAUAGGAUCAAGAGGAAGAAGGAGGAGCUUGCGGACACGACGCUCCGCGCUGUCGCCGCCCAGGCCCACGAACCGAUCCCCAAGAGCCAGUUGAUGAGGACGAAGAGGACACUGAAGGGCCAUCUGGCCAAGAUUUAUGCUAUGCAUUGGUCGACCGACCGGAGACACCUCGUUUCGGCAUCACAAGACGGUAAACUCAUCAUUUGGGAUGCGUACACAACAAACAAAGUCCACGCUAUUCCGUUGCGGUCGUCGUGGGUCAUGACCUGCGCCUACGCACCGAGUGGCAACUUUGUGGCGUGCGGUGGCCUCGACAAUAUCUGCUCUAUCUACAACCUCAACCAGAGCCGCGAUGGGCCCACGAGGGUAGCCCGGGAACUGUCGGGCCACGCCGGCUACCUGUCUUGCUGCCGCUUCAUCAACGACCGCAGCAUCCUUACCUCGUCGGGCGAUAUGACAUGCAUGAAGUGGGAUAUCGAGACCGGGACCAAGGUUAUGGAGUUUGCCGAUCACCUGGGCGAUGUCAUGAGCAUCAGCCUCAACCCGACUAACCAAAACACAUUUAUCUCCGGGGCCUGCGAUGCCUUCGCCAAGCUCUGGGAUAUCCGCGCCGGUAAGGCCGUGCAGACCUUUGCCGGCCAUGAGUCCGACAUUAACGCCAUCCAAUUCUUCCCCGACGGCCACUCGUUCGUAACAGGAUCCGACGAUGCGACCUGCCGGCUGUUCGACAUCCGUGCGGAUCGGGAGUUGAACUUCUACGGGUCGGAGACCAUUCUCUGCGGCAUUACCUCGGUCGCUACCUCCGUGUCCGGGAGGCUGCUCUUUGCUGGUUACGAUGAUUUUGAGUGCAAGGUCUGGGAUAUUACUCGGGGAGAGAAGGUCGGCUCCCUCGUGGGCCACGAGAACCGUGUCAGCUGCCUAGGCGUGUCAAAUGACGGCAUAAGUUUGUGCACAGGCUCCUGGGACGCUGUGCUUAAGGUGUGGGCCUAUUAA